GUGAAGCUAAUUUAGUGACUGAUGUUGGAAAUAACACUUCUGAAUCAUGGAGAGAAUUGUUUUAGGCUAAAAGUGUUUAUGCAAUGGAAAUUUAAGAUAUUUUGAAUAUAUAAUUGAUUAUUUUCAAGUGCAUAAAAUGUAAACUUGAAAAACAUGUCAAGAAGAAAAAAAAGAUACAUUUUGGUGCAAAAGAAAACAGAUUUCAACGUUUAAACUUAAGAUUUUCUUCUGUUAAAGAAACUCACAGGAAAUCACCUUCAUGAAUUUGUCCUCUUAUAACAACGUGUCGAGCGGUUAUCGGGACUCUGCGAGCACAGUCAUGGUCAAAAAUAUCAUCAUCCUGGCUCUCGGCAUCACCAUCAACUACAUCAACUGUUUACUGGUUCACUGCUUCAGGAAACAGCAGAUAUUUUACAUGAAUCCUCGUUACAUCUUGUACAUUCAUCUGGUGGUGAAUGACUUGAUCCAGCUCACCACAACAGUCAGCCUGUUUGUCAUCAGUUACAUCUUCUACAGAGUCAACGCUUCCGUCUGUUGUUUAAUUCUUACGUUUGCCAUUUUCACCACCCAGAACACGCCGUUAAAUCUAGCUCUGAUGGCUGUGGAGUGCUACAUCGCCGUGUGUUUCCCACUGAGACACGCUGAGCUCUGCAACAUCAAACGAAUAUAUAUCCUGAUCGGUUGCAUUUGGGUUUUGAGCUCGGUUGCCGUUAUGCCAGACAUCUUCAUCGUCCUGGCAACAGAGCCCGUACGUUUGCUUUUUUCGUCGAUAUUUUGUGAAAGAGAUAAUCUGUUUCAACAUCCAGUCAGUUUACAAAAAAGGAACAUUUCCUCUCUUGUUUAUUUAGCUCUAGUUUGGCUCACUAUCUUCUUUACCUACUUCAAAAUCUUUUUUGCAGCUCGAGCAGCAAAUUCAGCUGAUGGAAAUGCAAACAAGGCCAGAAACACAAUCCUGCUUCAUGGCUUCCAGCUCUCGUUGUGCAUGCUAACCUAUGUUUCCCCUAUAUUAAGUAACUCACUGAUCUACUGGUUCCCCAAUAAUUAUACGCAUAUACAGUUUGUUUCAUACAUCAUCAUACAGAUUUUCCCCCGGUUUGUCAGUCCCAUUGUGUACGGGCUGCGAGACAAGGUGUUUAAACAGUAUUUGAAACGGUAUCUGCUGUGCGGCAUCAGAGCAUGA